AUGGAAAUAAAUAAAAUCAAGAGUUAUCUGGACCAACUCAUCCCAAACAGGUCAUUCUCCAAUGUCAAUACCACCACAAGUGCAGCCCACAGUGUGGCCACCAUAUUUAAUCCUAAGGGUACCUACUGCAGAGGAGAUCAGCUAGAUAUUCUUCUAGUGGCGAGAGACUACUUAGGGCAAAGGAAAAAAUAUGGAGGAGACUUCUUAAGGGCCAGGAUUUCUUCUCCAGAUCUGAAGGCAGGAGCUUCAGGAACAGUGACAGACUUCAACAAUGGCACCUACCUUGUCAGGUUCAUUUUAUUCUGGGAAGGUAGAGUGACUUUGUCUCUUUUGCUCAUCCACCCCAGUGAAGGAGUAUCUGCCCUCUGGAGAGCAAGGAAUAGAAGCUAUGAUAAAGUAAUUUUCACAGGCCAAUUUACUAAUGGCAAAUCUUGGGUCUCUUCUGAAUGUGGCUUGUUUCUAAACACAAGUGCCGAACUGUGCCCAUACCUGGACCCUCGAGAUAAAGAAGCCUUUUACUGUGUGAAACCUCCACAUGUGUCCUGUGAAGCACUGGCCCAGCUGAAAUCUAAGAAUAAAGCAAUUUCUUAUCUCAGCAACCUAGAGAAGAGCCUCUUUAUCAGGUCCAAUGUAGGGGUGGAGAUUAUGAAAAACUUUGAUCCCAUCAGAGUUUCCGUGUGUAACAAGAGAACAAUAUCAUUAAAAAAAAAGUGCAAACCUGGGAUGUGGUCUCCAGUCCCUACCGGCUAUGUCUGGAAUAAUGCAUGGAAUCUGGUCACCUGUAAUUUGUCUCAUUUCCACACUGAGGCCCAAAUGAAUAUCUGUUUAAAGGGAAAGCUCAUUUAUAUCCUGGGAGAUUCCACCACCCGUCAGUGGAUAGAAUACUUCAUAAAGAACAUCAAAACACUGAAGUCUAUUGACCUCCAUGGAUUUGGGAAUCUCCAACGUCAACUUGUUGUAGACUUGGAAAGGAAGAUCUACAUUCAGUGGCAGAAACAUGGCUACCCUUUGGUUGGCUCAAAUAGUUAUUCAGCAAAAGAGAAUGAGUACAUAGCCCGUGUCAUUGACAGAAUAGCAGGGGACAAAAACACCAUUAUCAUAUUUUCUCUGGGCCAGCACUUUAGGUUUUUUCCCAUUGAUCUCUUCAUCCGAAGGGCUAUCAACAUUCAUAAAGCUAUUGAACGUCUAUUCCAAAGAAGCCCAGAGACAAGAGUAAUCCUCAAGGGAGAAAAUACUAGGGAAAUGAGUGAUAAUCCUGAGCGACUUAGUGACUUUCAUGGCUAUAUUCAGGCUCAGAUUUUGAAAGACAUCUUCCAGGAUCUCAAUGUAAGUUUCAUUGAUGCCUGGGAUAUGGCUAUUGCCUUUGGCACUAAUAAUGUACACCCACCUCAGCAUGUGGUUGAAAAUCAGAUUAACAUGUUUUUAAACUAUAUUUGCUAA